AUCGGAUGAUCAAAAACCCUCCUUCUUCCCUUAUAUAUAGUCUAUCCCUAGUAUAUUUUGGACCUAACCCUAUUUCCUAGGGAUCCUCUCAGCCAGUGGCGGAGCUAGGAUCAAGCCACGACCCGGGCAAGCCCCAGGCCAAUCACUUGGUACAGUAUUAAACAGUGUAAAAUCUGCUACAGUAAACAAAGGAGCCAAGCCUCACGAUCCAGGCCGCCGCCCGGGCAGCCUGGGGCUUGUCUCCGCCACUGCUCUCAGCCGCCUCCACUACUCCCCAUCACAUCACCCAGAUCCGUCGGCACCCACCUCCUCUGUUUCCGUGCCUGACCAACCACGCUCCUCCUCCCGAUCCCCAUGGAUGUUGUUUCCCCGUUGACCCGCGUAGCAGCAGCUCCAUGUCGGAGCUCCAUCACCACCCGUUGCCCCUCGCCGGAGCAAUACCAUGGCAAAACUCCCGAGCUCAUCGCGUGGUGUUGCCGCCCUCCGCUGUUGCCUCCCCGUCGCCGCCGCAUCGCUAGAGAGCCCAGGCCAUGGCUGUCCUCUGCUUCAGAUCAAGGCGCCGGCCGCCGGAUCCGCCCCCCCUCAGUGUUCACAUCGGGAUCCGGCCGAUCUCCCCGUGCCCCGCCGUCCCGGACUUCCCCUGCUUCGCCAAGCCUCGCUGCCGGCCUCUACUUCCUCUGCUUCGAGCACGAGGACGAGCAAGGCGUGCCCCUCAUUGACCCUCUGAAUCGACGACCGUGCCAGCGCACGCGUCGAACCGCUGCCCUGCGCGUGGCCCAGAUCCGCAGCGUCCUGUGCGAGGCCCAGAGCUCCAGCUGGCCUGCUGCAGUCCACCGACCGGGCCAAGGCCCAUUAUCUUCGGUUCCGUUCCGGAGUUGUGAGGAUUCGUUCGACUACGUCCGUUUGUCUUCUUCAUGGACUCGUUCUUCUUCGUUGCGGGAUCUCAGUUGCAGGUGCCGAUGAUACCAGUGCAGGUGACGCAACCGAGCUCAAGUGGGAGCUCGAUGAAGAUCUUGAUCGUUGUUAUGUGUCUUUUCCGGUUGAUCAGUGGUGGUGCCCAGUUGGGACGAUCAGGGAUCUAGCAUUUGGGGUUGUCUUCUUUUAUUUUGGUUCCGUAGUCGGACCUUGUUUUUAUUCUGGAUGAUGUAUGAUUAACUUGUUAUUUGUGU